AUGAGCAGUCGAAGUAGCAGCAGUAGCAGUAGCAGUAGCAAUAGCCCACGCCACAGCCACAGCCAUAGCCAUAGCCAUAGCCAUAGCCCCCGCAGCCCCAAAGUCUGGGCCCAGGCCAUCCACGCCGUGGCCGACCGCCGCCUGACGCUGCGACAGGCCGCCCAGACCUACGACCUCCAGCCCGCCGCGCUGCAUCGUCUCGUGCGGCAGCACACACAGCGUCCGCCGCCGCCGUCGUCGCCGUCGCCCCGCGCCAGCCCCACGCACCCCAAGCGCAGCCACACGGCCAGCAACAACAACAGCAACAGCAGCAAGGGCUACGUGUUCCCGCGGCUGAACCCACUGGCGCUCGGCCACAGCAGUCCCGUGGGCGGCGUGUCGCUGCCGACCGUCGCGGCCGUUUUCGAGCUCACGCCCGAGAUCAACGACGAGAUCGUUGCUAUCCUCCGCGAGCAGUUUGUGCCCCAGUCACAGCAGCAGUCGCUGUACAGGAACCACAUGACCGACGCAGACGAGCGCUGCUACAGCCCGCGCGAGGGCUACGCCGACGCGGACAUUGUCGACGUCGUGCGGGCCAUUGUCGGCCGUAACGGGCGGCGCGUGCUGCCGGCGACGUUCCCCUCGGCCCAGUGGCUCGCCAUGUUCAAGCGCGAGAACGACUUUCUCGACUGCCAGCAGCAACAGCAACAGCAGCAGGAAGACGACCCCACGCGACGUGACCAGCAGCUCCGAUGGGCACCGAACCGCAGUCACCGUCAAGUCGCUGCGCCGCCCCCUCCGCUGUCGCCGCCGCUGACGAGUCCGGUCCAGCAACAACACGUGGCGUACGUGUGGGACAAUGUCGACGGCGCCAGUCGGCACGCGGACGAGCUCCACUGUCGGCCGUUCGAGCCGGUGCUGUCGCACCGCGAGCGAGACAGCAGUCGCAGUCGCAGCAGCACGUUCCGGCGCAGUCCCAGCGCCGAGGACAGUGCGGGGGGUCUCGACCGGAACUACCGGCAGAGCAAUCUCGUGCCGGCCAAAGUGUGGGAAGCGGCGAUGGAGGACGUGGCGAUCCACGGCAUGAGCUUACGCAAUGCCGCAAAAGCCCACGGCGUGCACUUUGCAGCGCUGCAUCGGCGCCUGAAGAAGCGCCAGCAGCACAAGCUCAACAUGCCGUGCGAGCCCAAUUACAUCCCGUUCGAAGACGAGGCAGGCGUCGUGCGUGUCAUCCACGCACGCGCCGAGAUGGGCGUGCUACUGACGUUCACUGAGCUCGUGGAUCUCCUGCAGCGGACAGCGCUCAAGCACCGACCGGACCUCCCGGAAGAUGUCGCCACGGCGCUUGUGCGUCGCUUCCAGUCCCGUGUCGAGCAGUCGGUGCGCCACUUGAUCCUGGACUGGCCAGCGCUGCCGAGCAACGUGCUGUACCGCCUUCGCACGACAGGCGGCAGCGAGAGCGACCAAUGCCGAUCAACCGCCGAGGGGUCUGCUGCUGCGGCCAGCAAUGGCAGCGACAGGAGUUUGCCGUUUCUCGUCAGUGGACGCAGCGGCGGCGGAACGUCGCUGUCGUCGUCGGGUUCGUCGUCGUCCCUAUCUUCGCACCCGGGAGCUGCGUACCCAGUGAUGCACAAGUCGCCUCUCGCUCCGACAUCAAAGUUGACGUGGAACACCCUCGAGGGAGGCUCCACCUGCACGACCGACGACGGCGUCAAUGGCUCUGUUGCAACAGUGUCACCGCCUUCCGACGACGGCGGAAACGCUCCAGUAACUGCUGCGUCGCUCUCGGAGACGGCGUCGAGACAGCCGUGCAUGGUUUAUCUCCUGUAA